CAGGUUCCAGUGGACAGCAGCAGGACAGACAGAAAGACAGACAGAGAGACAGACAGAGGAGCAGGGCUGUGUGAAUGGACAAGAGAUAGAGAGGGAGAAGGGCCUCUGGUACCUGACUAAAUCUGGAAAAAACAACAGCCAGACCUGCUGAAGGAUUAGCUCCCUGUUCAUGCUAUCUUAUGUUCUUCAAUAAUCCAAAAUCAAAUGGAAAAAUACCAUAAGCUUUUGACAAGGGAACCAGGGCGACGCUAACUUCUGUGUUGGCCUACAGAAAAACGUCAUCUCCAGAGCACUCUAUUGAACGGACAGAUGACUCUAGAACAUGGCCCUGCCCUCUGUGAUGGUGUUGCCCCUGCUGAUUAUCGUAGCAGCGGGAGUGUACUACAUCUACAAUGAGGUCAUGCAGUUCAUGUCCAAGUCCUUGGUGCGGAACAAAGUGGUGGUGAUCACUGAUGCUGUGUCUGGGGUGGGAACUGAGUGUGCCAAUCUCUUCCACAAGGGUGGUGCCAGACUGAUCCUGUGUGGGACUAGCUGGGAUAAGCUGGAGUCUCUGUAUGACUCUCUGACAAAUGACACUGACCACAGAGAGAACAACAAGAGGACAAGUGGACAAGAGUGGAGAGACAUAAAUGGUCAAGAGAGAUUAUAUAAAACCUUUGCCCCGAAGCUGGUGAUCCUGGACUUCAGCGAUUUGGAUAGCAUGGAGGAUGUCGUGGCUGAGGUAGUGGAGUGUUACAGAUGUGUGGAUGUGUUGAUCUGCAACAGCAGCAUGAAGCUGAAAGCCCCGGUGCAGAGUGUCUCCCUGGAACUGGACAGAAACAUCAUGGACAUUAACUACUUUGGCCCCAGCACUUUGGUCAAAGGUGUUCUUCCAACAAUGAUGUCAAGAAGAUCGGGACACAUUGUUUUGGUCAACAGCAUCCAGGGAAGACUGGCUAUCCCAUUCAGAAGUUCAUAUGCUGCAUCUAAGCAUGCAGCACAAGCCUUCUUCGACUGCCUGCGGACUGAAGUGGAGGAGUAUGGGAUAAUUAUCAGCACCAUCAGUCAUACCUUCAUCAACACCUCUGAGGAGCCACCUGUGGAGGAGCAGGCCCCUGAACCGAACGCCCUGGCUGCAUUUAUCUCCAGCCAGUUGACCCAUGGUGUGCACCCAUCAGUCCUGGCCAAUGAAAUUAUUCAAACGGUAAACAAGAGGAGGAGGGAGGUUGUUCUGGCCCACCCUAUCCCCAGGGUGGCCCUCUACCUCCGCUCUCUCUUCCCCUCCUUCCUCUUUGCUGUGCUGGCUGCUGGAGUGAAGGACUCAGUCCUGGCUGAGCCAAUGCAGUAGGAGAAAAUCUGAAAUGGAAUCACAAAGAGAUGUAAAAUGAAGAAAGAUUUUUUUUUGGAAAUGGCAGAUAUAUAUAAUGUAUGUGUAUGUGUUCCUUAAGCAAGGCUUAAAUGGCAGGAGUUUUGGGCCUAAUUAUCUCUGAAUCAGCGCUCCCAAAACUCGAAAGAGAACUCUGGUCUGGGACCUUGGUUGGUACUGAUGUUAGGCCCAGAUGAUCUGAUAAUGUGAGAUGUUAAUAGAUCCAGUCUUAAACCUCCUGAACUACU